CAAUCACGCACUAUCUAGCUGACCCGACGAUCCGGACGUACAACGUUGUUUAUUCUUAUCUGCAAUGGCUCCUCCCUCUGCCAUCGCUCCGAGCAUCUCAACCUCUUCAAGAUCGCACAUCUAUACUCUCUCUCACACACACACAUAAUUACACGAUCACAAACCCUAAAGUUGUUGCAUUUAUACAAACAAACACGCACACACCCACCUAAUUUAAAUCCUUUGGCACGAAACACAAAACACAGUUACACAGAUCUGUUUAUAUAUAAGAAAGCUAUUAAUCGAAAGACAUUAUUAUUAUUAUAAUUAUUAUAAUUGAUAAAAUAAAAUACAAUAAAGAUGGUGUUGAUAUCAUCUGUAAGAGAUUAUAUAAAUCGAAUGUUACAAGAUAUUUCUGGCAUGAAAGUCCUCAUUCUUGAUUCCCAAACGGUUAGCACUGUCAGUGUUGCGUAUUCUCAGUCAGAACUUCUGCAAAAAGAAGUGUUUUUGGUAGAAUUGGUUGAUUCCAUCUCUAUGUCAAAGGAGUCUAUGUCACAUCUCAAAGCAGUUUAUUUUUUGCGUCCAACAUCAGAGAAUAUUCAGCAUUUGAAACGGCAACUGGCUAAACCUCGAUUUGGAGAAUAUAACCUUUUUUUCUCAAAUAUGUUGAAUACUACCCAGCUUCAUAUUUUAGCUGACUCGGAUGAACAUGAAGUUGUUCAACAAGUCCAGGAGUUCUUUGCCGAUUUUGUUGCAAUUGACCCCUACCAUUACACUUUGAACAUACCAUCAAAUCAUAUGUAUAUGCUUCCAGCUGUUAUAGAUCCUCCAAACCUGCAAAACUACUGUGAUCGAAUUGUUGAUGGACUUGCAGCUAUCUUUUUGGCUUUCAAAAGGAGACCUGUCAUUCGAUAUUCACGUACAUCUGAUAUUGCUAAAAGGAUAGCACAUGAAGCUUCGAAGCUGAUGUACCAGCAGGAAAGUGGCCUUUUUGAUUUCAGACGCACAGAAAUUUCUCCUUUGUUGCUUGUAAUUGAUAGGAGAGAUGACCCUGUUACUCCAUUACUGAAUCAGUGGACUUAUCAGGCCAUGGUCCAUGAGUUGAUAGGUAUUAAAGACAAUAAGGUAGAUUUAGGAAAUGUUGGGAAGUUUUCGAAGGAUCAACAGGAGGUCGUGUUGUCGUCUGAACAAGAUGCCUUUUUCAAGGCUAAUAUGUAUGAAAAUUUUGGAGAUAUCGGAAUGAGUAUAAAGCGGAUGGUGGAUGAUUUUCAACAAGUGGCAAAAAGCAAUCAGAACAUUCAGACAAUAGAGGACAUGGCUAAAUUUGUUGACAAUUAUCCGGAGUAUAGAAAGAUGCAAGGGAAUGUCUCUAAGCAUGUAACACUGGUGACAGAAAUGAGCAAGAUCGUUGAAGAGAGAAAACUCAUGCUAGUUUCACAAACGGAACAAGAGUUGGCUUGCAAUGGUGGCCAAGGGGCAGCAUUUGAGGCUGUCACAAAUCUUUUGAAUAAUGAAAGUGUCUCUGAUAUUGACCGACUACGCCUUGUUAUGCUGUAUGCUUUGAGAUAUGAGAAAGAGAGCCCUGUUCAACUGAUGCAGCUUUUUAAUAAGCUGGCUUCUCGCUCUCCCAAGUAUAAGCCAGGGCUUGUACAAUUCCUUCUAAAGCAAGCAGGGGUUGAUAGACGAACCGGAGAUCUGUAUGGUAACAGGGAUAUCUUGAAUAUUGCCCGUAAUAUGGCUCGUGGAUUGAAGGGAGUUGAGAAUGUAUACACCCAGCAUCAACCGCUUCUGUUCCAAACAAUGGAGAGCAUCAUAAAAGGAAGGUUGAGAGAUGUGGAUUACCCGUUUGUUGGAAAUCACUUUCAACAGGGCAGGCCACAAGAAGUGGUGAUCUUCAUUGUUGGUGGAACAACAUAUGAGGAAUCACGCUCAGUUGCUCUACAGAACGCGUUUAAUUCUGGAAUUCGGUUUAUACUUGGAGGUUCCUCUCUUUUGAAUUCUAAAAGGUUUCUUAAGGACCUUGAAGAAGCUCAGCGUAUUGCCCGAUCAAGCACUGGUGUUGUUUAAGUUUUAAAUUGCAACUUCACCAUUUAAGGCAUGUAAGUAAUCACUUGGGUUCUGUAUUUUGAGCCUACGGCAACUUGUAAAAUGAGCGGGAGUUUUAAUGGUUGAUUUAGGCAUGUACCUGACUGUGUUAGCCUAGUGGCUUGUUAAUGUUGUUCAUACGAUGGAAAAACUAAGAAAGGUAGUUAAUUUAUAGUGUGGAAAGGUUAUCUUCGU